GGUGCGUCAUUUCCGUCUUCGUUGUAAACGGAAGUGCCAUUGAGCGGUAAAAUCACCGCCUAAAGUAUUUAGCUCUUCGUUUGAGAGGUUCUCGACCACGUUCAUCAGAAGAUGAUUGAUUUUAAAGGCUGGGCAGAGUAUGUAGUAGAGUGGGCAGCCAAAGACCCAUAUGGCUUUCUCACCACCGUCAUCCUUGCCCUGACCCCACUCUUCAUCGCCAGUGCUCUGCUCUCCUGGAAACUUGCGAAGAUGAUUGAGGCCAGGGACCGCGAACAGAAAAAGAAGCAGAAGCGACAGGAGAACAUAGCAAAAGCCAAGAGAGCCAAGAAGGACUGAAAUGGAAAUUCAAGGGAUGCAGAGAGAUGAAUGUGUUCCCAUGUCUUUUAAGGCCCCCCCCCCCCCGUUUGCUGCUCCACACACCAGGCCAGCUAGUGUGUGGGCUGAGACUGGUCUUAAGGGCGGACUUACCCCAUGCUGAGGAGAGUACGGCAUGCAGGCUGCAUAAUCCAGUUCGCAAGAUGCAGGUUUUUGGGGUUUUUUUUCUGGAAAAUUAUCCAUACCUUGGAAAAUUAACUGCAACAUCCUGGUAUGAUUGUAGCAUUCAGCAUUCCAAUGUUUUUUUGUUUUUUUUAAAUGAAGUUCAGCUUUUCCACCUCUAAUUUCACUUUUUAUUAAAAUGUUUUGUUUGUGUUUGAGAGUCUGGAUUGUUAGUGAUGUUUUAGUAUUUGAUAUUAUGAACCAACAUUUCCCCCCAAAUGAUUUAAUAUGGCCAAAUUAGAAGAUAAACACUUCAUCAUUUCAGUUUUUUUUUUAAACCCAGCAAAUGUCCUUAACAUCACAUAAGGAAAUUAAUUUAUUUUUAAGUUAAAGAUUAU